UGACCCGAGUUAACCUUUUGAUGUCUGCUACAAUAUACAAAAUCAGCAUGUCUGGAAAAUCUUUGUCGUUUUCCUUUAAAUUAUAUAAAAGUCUGACUAAAAGCACUAAACCUUUAUUGACAAAACGAUUGUUCCAAACAUGCAACAGACUUUCUGCAGCUAAAAUUAUUAAUGGUGUAGCGCUUGCCAAAGAAAUUAAAGAUGAAGUAAAGAAAGAAAUCGAUGAAGUAGUGGCAAGCGGAAAAAGAAGACCAAAGUUAAUUGUAAUAAGAGUUGGGGAAGAUCCUGCCAGUCAAACUUAUGUGAAAAACAAAAUUAAGGCAUGUGAAUAUACAGGUAUUGAAAGUGAAAGUAUAACCUUACCAACCACAGUUAGUGAAGACGAACUAUUGAAUCUUAUUAAUAAACAAAACAAUGACGAUAGUGUAGAUGGCAUUCUUGUCCAACUUCCUGUACCGGAACACAUUACAGAGAGAAAAGUGUGUAAUGCCGUCACACCCAGUAAAGAUGUGGACGGUUUUAAUGUGAUAAAUGUCGGACGAUUAUGUUCCGAUCAGAUGACCUUUAUUCCAGCCACUCCAGCAGGUGUCAUGGAAGUUUUAAGAAGAACUGGUAUAGAAACCUUUGGAAAGAAUGCUGUUGUUUGUGGGAGAUCGAAAAAUGUUGGCAUGCCAUGUGCCAUGUUGUUACAUGCUGAUGGCAAAUAUGAAACUCAAGCAGGUGAUGCCACAGUGACUUUGUGCCAUAGAUAUACCCCUCCAGAACAGUUACCUGUAUUCACCAAGACAGCUGAUAUUCUAGUGGUGGCCUGUGGAAUACCUAAGUUGAUAACUGCUGAUAUGGUGAAAGAAGGAGCAACUGUGAUAGAUAUUGGAAUUAAUAGAAUUGUCGAUGAAAAAACAGGAAAAACUAAGCUAGUUGGAGAUGUUGAUUUCGAAGAAGUAGCAAAGAAGGCUGGUUACAUAACACCAGUGCCAGGAGGUAUGGGACCAAUGACAGUAGCCAUGUUGAUGAAGAAUACCAUGAUGGCUUACAAGAAAGAGAUUAACUUUGAUUGAUGAUGGCUCAAACCUAGGUGCUUUCUAUCGAUUAAUGGCAGCUGGAAAGAAGAGUCUCGUCGUAUGAAAUUACUGGCCACAUUAUAUACAUGUACAUGAAUUAUUAACAUAUUAAGAAUUGUUAAAGACUUUGAUUUUUAAGUUUUUGUUAUGGUAUAUUUUGUUAUCAUUGUAAAAUACCAUCUUACUUUAUCAUUAUAAGCUUUUAUAACUUUGAAGUGCUUAUUAAAUAUUUUACUUGGGAUAAGAGGUAGCUUUUCCUGUGAUGUAUUUGAAAUCAUACUUUUUUCUUAAUUUUUGUUAUUGAAAAUAUAUCGUCUUGCUUCAGAUGCUAGAUUUUAAAAUAAAUGAAUCUGGAUAUAAUUUCUUAAAAAAGUAUACUGGGAGAUAUACAUUUUCUGGAAAGAUUUUAUGAGCCAGGUUGCCAGUUGAACUUUCUCACUUAUUCUCAAUGAUAAAUCUAAUCCUUUAUACAAUUGUUUGAACAGUUUAGCUUUAUUUAUAUAAUGUCAUGUACCGGUACUCAGCAUUUCAACUAGCAUUUUAUUAUGUUUAAGAAUAUACAGUUACCAUAUUUUUAAGGUUUGUUAUGAAUAGUGAUUUAUUUAUAUAAUUAGAUAAAUAAAUAUUAAAAAAGAAUAUAACUUUUCUUCUGACAGGUGAAAAUUUGUGUUAUGUAUGAUUUUCCCCCUGAAAAUAUCUUUUUACAACACUAAACACACUUUUAUAAUGUAAUAUUUUAUAGCCUGAAGCCAGAGCUAUAACAUGGUUGUUUUAUUUGUACACGUACACACACAAUAAUACUGAAUAUAACAUAAUAAUGUGCCAAGAUAAAUGUGUAUACAUUUUUUGUUGUUAGUGGAAAAUUAUAUAAAGGUCUGUGAUGUAAUAUUAGUCAUGAUAAAAAUAGUCAAAGAGAUAUCCUUUUUUAAUUGCAUAAUCUAAAUUCAGACAUUAUUGCAUGUAU